AUGUCUUCCACCGACGUCCCCGUUGUUGGGCUGUACAGGCCGCUCUUGGAGAGACACAUUCAGCGACUGAGUUCUUCGCGUGAAGAAGCUGAUUCCGACGCGCCUAUCCUGGAGUCAGAUUGCGUCGAUCUUCUCGACGAGCUUCGCUCAAUUCGCACUCAGCAAGAAGCCUCUGCUAGUGUACAACUACACAAUGCCGCAUUGGAGACCGUCUUCCGCGAGCUCCUCAUCGACGUUGUUGCGAGAAUAGACAUCUCGGAACCAGCAUUCUCCCAGAUCUGGACCAUGUUGGAUAUAACUACCAUUCUCUCCGACAACGAACUAUGCGAUCCUGGCCUGGGCUUCUGGCUGGUUGAAGAGCUUCUCGAUAGUCAAACAAUCGAUGGCUGUCGCAAGGUUUUCGACUACCUCGAGUCACGGCGUGAGCGCAUGACCGCCAAACACUUUAAACAAAAGAGCUUGGUUAUAUUGCGGUGCUGUAACGAGCUCUUGCGUCGCCUCUCACGGGCAGAGGAUACAGUUUUCUGCGGACGUGUCUUCAUAUUCUUAUUUCAAUCGUUUCCGCUGGGGGACAAGUCCUCUGUCAACCUUCGUGGAGAAUUCCAUGUCGAAAAUGUCACCACGUUCGACCCUGCGCCGAAGAAGUCAGACGAUGCUAUUAAACCAAUGGAAAUAGAUACGCAAACACCGCCUCAGCAGGGGACCGCUUCUGGUGCUCAGACCCCGUCUUCCUCGCUACACGAGGCAGAUAAGCCCACAGCAAGGAACACACCUGUACCCACCAAAGCGAAGGUUGAACCCAAGGAGAAAGAGCAGCCACCCCCAGACCUCGAUACCCUCUACCCAAAGUUCUGGACUCUUCAAACGCUCUUCUCCAGUCCGACCCGGCUUUUCGACCCCGCCAAUAUGGCCACCUUCAAAGAUGGUAUUUCGAGCACACUUGCCGUCUUCAGAAGCGUUGCCCAUAGUUCCGCGGCCAGCACAGCCUCCUCAGAUGUCAAGCGCGGCCUCAAACGUAAGCGCACAUCGGCUGAAGCCGAUUCUACCACGACGACUUCAACCUUCAACCCGAAAUAUUUGACGAACCGCGACCUCUUCGACCUCGAAAUCCACGAUACCGCGUUCCGGCGACAUGUCCUUGUCCAAGCCCUCAUCCUGCUCGACUUCCUACUCAGUCUUGCUCCUAGCGCAAAAGUAAAAUUUGAGGGCCUCACGAACAAGUCAGUUCUAUAUUCGUACACACUUGGCGAGGAAGAUGCGAAAUGGGCGCAGGCAACACGUGCUUCUAUUGCAGCGUAUCUACAACAAGGGAAUGGCAACGAGGGCAAGUUUUACUACCGCAUGGUUGAUACUGUGCUGUCCCGAGACAAGAACUGGGUGCGUUGGAAGGCAGAAAACUGUCCCCCGAUUUCGAAGGACAGCAUCGCCCCCCAAGCACAUCUGGAGGCGAAAGACACACUGACGAAAAUUGCAAACACGGCGAAAGCCGCACUGCCAAACCCGCCUGGCGCAGGAGACCUGAGUUUCCUGUCCAAGGUAGAGCCACUGGAAGCCUUAAAACAUCCUUCGCAGCGGCACAAGGUGCCGACAAUGGAAGAAUACUACAAAGAAAUCGAGCGGGAUGAUCUGGAUCUGGAUUUCGCCGUGACUGACGAAGAGAAGAACGAGCUCGAAGAACGCAAAGCCGGUAAAGUGUGGAGAGCUCUCCGAGCGAGCAAAAACCGGUUCGUCAUGUGCGAGAAGGUGCAAUACGGCGGAAAUCUCAAAGCCCUGAUCGAGGAGGACAAGUUGGAAAUGGAGGGUGAAGAAGAGAAACCCACGGAUGGUGAGGCGGAAGUCAAGCAAGAACCUAUCGACGACAAGAAUGACAUCAAGGAAGAGUCUCGCGGCGUUGAUGAAGGGGUCGAUAUAGGUGGCGAGCAGGACAAAGACCUGGUUGUGACACAAGCCGAAGAAGGUCCUGAUGACGGAGGCGGUGGCCAAGAACACGAUGCCGCAGAUCACAGCCAAGAGCAGAAAGAUGAGCUGGAAGAUGAGGCGGUUGAAGCUGGGAGAUCUUCGUUGGCAGAGACGGCCCAUCCAGAAGCAAAGGGCCCAGGUGAGGAUACGGAGAUGCAGGAUGUACCAACAGCCACCAAGGACGCAGGGGAGAAUGAGGGGCAGGACUUAGGUACAGAGCGAGAUUCUGGAGAGAUUUGA